AUGGAUCAUGAAAAACUUAUCAAAAAACGAGGUUCAGUCAAAGCAAAACUAACUAACUUUCAGAAGUAUGUUAACAAUUUAUUAGUUGCGUUUCCACAGUUUGUAAUAGAGGACCAAGUUGUUUUUAUAGAACUUAGGCAGCGUAUAGAUCGUUUUGGUGGAAUUUUAGAUGAAUUUGAUGAUAUACAGGGGCAGAUAGAGUUACUUAGCGAUAACCCCGACGAGCAAUAUAUCGAGCGCGAAAAUUUUGAAAAGGCUUUUUAUGAAAUUGAGGCUAAGGCUAAAAGAUUUUUAGGCGAAAAUACACCGAUUGAUGUUCCCAAUAGUAUGAUUAACGUUAUUAAUAAUCAUGAUUCUAAAAAUACAGGCGGAGUCAAGCUGCCAGUUAUCGAAAUUUCCACAUAUGACGGGGAAUAUGAAAAGUGGCUUGAGUUCCGAGAUACUUAUGAGUCGUUAAUACAUCAAAAUACAAAUUUGUCUAGCAUUCAAAAAUUUCAUUAUCUUAAGUCAUACCUAGGUCCUAGCGUACUUGAAAUUAUAGCAAGUUUAGAGCUUUCAGCUACAAAUUAUGAUAUCGCUUGGGCAUUGAUUUGUGACAGGUUUAAUAAUAACAGAAUAUUAGUUCAAAACCAUGUUAAAGCUCUGUUUAAUAUUCAAAAGCUGCAUGUAGAGUCUUCUAGUUCCCUGCGCAAAUUGGUUGACAGUGUUGCCAAGCACUUGCGAGCGCUGAAAACUCUAAAUGAACCUGUCGAAGCUUGGGAUACGUUGGUUAUUUUUAUGAUUAGUAGUAAGCUAGAUGAAAUUACACUUCGUAAAUGGGAACAAUUAAAAACUUCGUAUACCACACCUACUUUAGACAAUUUAACUUCCUUUUUGAAAGAACGUGCAUAUCUUCUCGAGUCUUUAGAACAAAAUAAAUCAGUUGUCGUUACUGAAGACUCAAGUAAAAGGCACAGAAAAGUAAAAUCUUUUGUUACUGAAAACACUAGUGUAAAGCCUAACUGUUCAUUUUGUAAACAAGGGCAUUAUAUUCAAAACUGUCCAGAUUUUCUAAAAUUGAAUACAAAUGAGCGUUUAGAGGAAGUAAAGAAAAAACAUUUAUGUCUAAAUUGUCUAAGGGCGAGUCAUAUGGUAAAGCAGUGUUAUUCUAGGCCUUGUAAAACAUGCAGAGCUAAACACAAUACGCUUCUGCACUUUAAUUCUAGUUGCGACUCAAACGUAAAUAGUGUUGAAAGCAGCCGAGACGGAAAUAUUGAAGAGAUUCAACAUGAGCGUGUAAAUCUAUCAUCUUUUAACGUUUCGACUGAUCAAAUAUUGCUAUCGACCGUGUCAGUUGACAUUCUUGAUAAAAACAAUAAACCCUUUAUUGUGCGCGCCUUACUAGAUGCAGGUUCUCAAAGUAGUUUUCUCACUGAGCGUUUUCGAAACAAACUGGGACUACCUAAAACACCAGUUAACAUAAAAAUUUGCGGAUUUAAUGAAUCAGAAUCGGAGUGCAAAGUUAAGUGUAUUGCACGCAUUAAAUCCAAGGUUAACGGGUUUUGUCUUGAUAUUUCUUGUUUAGUAGUACCCCACAUAACAAACAAUUUGCCAAAUUUUAAGUUAAACAAACGUGAUUUGAAUAUUCCUCACAACAUAACUUUAGCUGAUCCCAAUUUCGAUAUACCGGGGGAUAUAGACAUGCUUAUCGGCGCUGACUAUUUUUGGGACUUAAUUUGUGUAGGUCAAUUAAAAUUAGGUGCAAACGGUCCAUAUGCGCAAAAAACUAAAUUUGGUUGGAUAGUCUCUGGGCGCAUAUCGAGCGAAGCACAUCAAGAAGUGCGGUGUCACCUUGUUCAAAAUGUUGAUUUAGAUAAGCAACUUACACGUUUUUGGGAAAUAGAGGAGUUUCCGCGUGUCAAAAUUUUAUCGAGCGAGGAAAAGGCUUGCGAACAGCACUUUCUAAAAACAUUUAAACGCGAUUCAAAUAAUAGAUUUGUUGUAACGAUUCCUUUAUUAGAAAGUCCAGAUAGGCUAGGAAAUUCGUAUGACAUAGCUGAAAAACGUUUUUUAUCACUUGAACGCAAGUUUGAUCGCGAUGAAUCAUUUAAAGCAGAGUAUUGUAAAUUCAUAAAAGAGUAUGAAUUAUUAGGGCACAUGCGUAAACUUGAAAAUGUUAAACAGGACGACUUAAUUUGUUAUUACAUGCCUCACCAUGGCGUGUUAAAAGAAAGCAGUUUAACGACAAAACUCCGAGUCGUAUUUGACGCAUCGUGUCCUAGUAGCUCUGGAGUCUCUCUUAAUGACUUGCAAAUGACAGGUCCUACAAUCCAGUCAGACCUUUUUACUAUUUUGGUACGAUAUAGACAGCAUAAUUAUGUUAUAGCUGCGGACGUGGAGAAAAUGUACCGUAUGUGUCAAAUAAAUGAAAAUCAAAGUUCUUUACAACGCAUUUUGUGGCGUGAUAAUAAAAAUGACAAAUUGGACACUUAUGAAUUAGUUACAGUUACUUAUGGCACCAAGUCGGCAGCGUUUUUAGCCAUAAGAUGCCUUUACCAGUUAGGUAUAGAAUGCGAGGUGGAAUUCCCUGAAGAAUCCCGAGCAAUAAAGGAAGAUUUCUAUGUCGACGAUCUCCUCACGGGAUCCGACAGCAUAGAAAGAACUAUAGAAAUUGGAAAUAACAUAUCUUUGUUACUUAGCAAGGCGGGAUUUCAUCUUCGAAAAUGGGUGUCCAAUAGUAGCCAAGUUUUAGAGGGUAUACAUACUACCGACAAAGCUGAUUUGAUUGAUUUGGGCGUAAACGAAAAUACUAAGACUUUGGGGUUAUUCUGGAAUGGCAGAAAAGAUAGUCUAUUUUAUAAAAUUAGUGAAGGGACACGAAAAAAUAUUACUAAACGUGUUGUUCUGUCCGAAAUAGCACAAUUAUUCGACCCUUUGGGUCUGUUGAGCGCUACUACUAUUUUAGCAAAAAUAAUUCUACGUGACAUCUGGUUAGAAAAGAUAGGAUGGGACAAUUCCUUGUCAUAUAGUCUCUAUACAAGGUGGUUAGUAUUUCGUGAUCAGCUAAACUCUUUAAACAACCUGGAAAUAAGUCGUCGAGUAAUUUGUACAAAUACCAUACAAGUUGAAAUACAUGGGUUUUCAGACGCUUCUGCUUGCGCCUAUGGUGCAUGUGUAUAUAUCAAAUCGACAAAUAUUAAUGGUGACGUUUUAGUUAGACUUAUAUGUGCAAAAUCAAAGGUAGCGCCUCUAAAGACGCAAACAAUUCCCAAAUUAGAACUUACAGCUGCCUUGUUACUUGCUAGGCUAACAAACAAAGUAAAAUUAUCUUUGAAUGUUUUAGUAAAUAGGAUUGUUUAUUGGUGCGACUCUACAAUCGUAUUGGGAUGGUUAGGUAUGGCUCCAAACUCUUUACAAGUUUUUGUGGCUAAUCGUGUUGUAGCAAUUCAGGAGCUCUCAGAUCUUAGAGAUUGGAAACACGUUCCAACAAAGGACAACCCUGCGGACUACGUUUCUCGCGGUGUUAAUCCAAACGAGCUUUUAUCUCUUGAUGUUUAUUGGUUUGGUCCACCUUGGUUGAAAUUAAAUGAAGACGCGUGGCCCAAAAUUUUUAUCUCUCGAGAGAAUCUUCCUGAAUUGCGAAAAAUAGUCCAAGCAAAUACUGCCAUUCCUAUCGAAUCUGUUAUUGACUUUUCUAAAUAUUCCAGCUUAGGUAAGUUGGAACGAAUAAUCGCGUACUGCCUUAGGUUUAAGCAAAACUGUCUUAUGACUAAAGAAGAGCGCAAAUUUGGACCACUUGAAGCAUACGAAAAUAAAUACGCUUUAAACACCCUUGUAAAACUUUCUCAACAUAGUUGUUUUUUCGAUGAGAUCCGUGCACUAGCCAGUAAUAAGUUUGUAGAUAAAAAAAGCAAAUUGGCUAAACUGCAUCCUUUUUUAGAUAAAAGCGGUGUUCUUAGAGUAGGAGGAAGACUGACAAAUUCAAAUUUUAGUUAUCAUAAAAGGCAUCCUAUUAUUUUGUCCGCGAAACAUGAAUUUACCAAAUUGCACUUCCUCAAGUGGCAUAAACUGUUACUUCAUCCAGGUCCUCAGCUUUUGCUUUCUUCUAUUCGUGAAGGCUUUUGGCCUUUGGCAGGACGAAACCUAGCUAGAAAAAUCUACCGUGAUUGUGUAUAUUGCUUCCGGGCAAAUCCUACUCCUAUUUGCCCUAUUAUGGGGAAUUUACCAAAGAAUCGGGUUAAUCCAGCUCCACCGUUUUUCACCACAGGCGUGGAUUACGCGGGACCAUUUUCGGUUAAAGAUAGACAAGGUCGUGGGUUCAAGGUCACGAAGGCCUACAUAUGCCUAUUCAUUUGUUUUGUAACGCGGGCCAUACACCUCGAAUUAGUCUCGGACCUUACGACGGAAGCCUUUCUCGCGUCUUUUAAACGAUUUGUUUCACGGCGGGGUAAACCUAACCAAGUAUACUCAGAUAACGGGAGUAAUUUUUUAGGGGCGAAUCAAGAACUAAAGCAACUUGGUACCUUUUUAUUAGAAAACAAAACCUCUUUGACUGAAUACAUAAAUAAUGAGGGUAUUUCAUGGUCGUUUAUCCCUCCUCAUUCCCCACAUUUUGGGGGCCUAUGGGAAGCCGGUGUAAAGGCAACUAAACAUCAUCUCAAGCGUGUUGCAGGUAAUGCUGUAUUAACAUUCGAACGAUUUUAUACCUUGCUGGUUCAAAUUGAGGCAGUUUUAAACUCGCGUCCCCUGUCUCCAUUAUCCGCUGAUCCGUCAGAUUAUGCACCUUUAACCCCCUCCCAUUUCUUAAUCGGACGGCCUGUGAUGAUGGUACCUGAAGCAGACUAUACGGAGUUGCCUGAGAACCGCCUCUCCCAUUUCGAGCAAAUCCAGAGACUACAGCAGCAUUUUUGGAGAAGAUGGUCUCUUGAAUACAUUUCGGAGCUGCAGCAGCGUCUCAAAUGGCGGACUAAUUACGACCAGCUAAAUAUUGGCGACUUAGUUGUCGUAAAAAAAGACAAUUUACCUCCAUGCAAGUGGCUGUUAGGGAGGAUUGAUCACCUUCACCCAGGCAAGGACGGAAUCUCGAGGGUUGCCAGCAUAAAGACCAGGAAGGGUCUUAUCAAGCGAUCUUUUGCCAAGAUAUGCCCGUUGCCAAAGAACUGA